GUUGCAAUUUUCGUUUGCUGACUGACCUGUGACCAGCCCACCAGUCCACCUAACGUAUCCCAGCGUAUCCCCAUUUCUCAUCUUCCCCAAUUGUUCUGCUGGUGGGGCAGCCCCAAAACUGAGCUGUGAAGUGAAGGGGCCAACAAAACCAAACCCCUCCCUCCACCCCAAUUUCCUAUAUAAUAUAAUUACGACCCUUCACAUUUCCACGUACAAGAUUCUAAGAAAGUUAAAAUCUCGAUUUUAUUUUCCAAGUUUGAAUGGCAGUUCUCACUUCAAUCAGGAAGUCCUUAGGCUUUAUCACCAAAAGGGAAUCCUUUUCCAAGAUCCUUUUGGGAACAGGAUGUUUGAGCAAUGUUCCAGAGAACACAGUUUAUGGAGGGCCAAAGCCGCAGGAUCCAAACCAAAGAGUGACACUGACAAAUUUACGCCAAAAGCAUAAAAAGGGGGAGCCCAUAACAAUGGUGACAGCCUAUGAUUAUCCGUCUGCAGUGCAUCUUGACACUGCUGGCAUUGAUAUUUGCCUUGUGGGUGACUCUGCUUCCAUGGUGGUUCAUGGCCAUGACACCACUUUGCCUAUUACUCUUGAAGAAAUGCUUGUUCAUUGCCGUGCCGUGGCAAGAGGCGCCAAGAAUCCACUCCUUGUUGGGGACCUACCUUUUGGUACUUACGAGUCCAGUACUCAUCAGUUUGAAUUGUGAGCAGGCAGUUGAUACAGCAGUUAGGAUACUCAAGGAAGGAGGAAUGGAUGCAAUUAAAUUAGAAGCUGGAGCACCAUCAAGAAUUACUGCAGCUAAAGCUAUUGUUGAAGCUGGGAUUGCUGUUAUGGGGCACGUUGGGCUUACUCCUCAGGCUAUUAGCGUUCUGGGAGGAUUUAGACCUCAAGGUCGAAAUGUUGCUGGUGCUGUAAAGGUCGUGGAGACUGCCAUAGCAUUGCAGGAAGCAGGUUGUUUCGCUGUUGUUCUGGAAUGUGUUCCUGCACCUGUAGCUGCUGCAGCAACAUCAGCUCUUCAAAUCCCCACUAUUGGCAUUGGUGCAGGUCCAUUUUGUAGUGGUCAGGUGCUAGUUUACCAUGAUCUCUUAGGGAUGCUACAACACCCACAUCAUGCUAAGGUUACUCCAAGGUUCUGCAAACAGUAUGCACAUGUCGGAGAUGUCAUCAAUAAAGCUCUUUUGGGGUACAAGGAAGAAGUAACAAGUGGUUCUUUUCCAAGCUCUGCCCAUAGUCCAUAUAAAAUUUCUGCUGCUGACGUGGAUAGCUUUUCAAAAGAGUUAGAGAAACUUGGACUGAGUGAUGCAGCAUCUGCAGCUAGUGCUGCUGCUGAGAAAUUGAAACCACUGAAUAAUCAGGUGGGAGAACACCAAGCAACUAAAUGAGCUGCAGAAGCAGAAGGCUCAUGACAAGCUUGCCCCACUUCUUGUUCAAACAGCAAAAGUUUGCACUUGUUUGGCUCUUCAUUCUUAAUUUUAUUGAUUCAGUCAGGAUUAUAAGCAUCAAAAUAGGAUUUUGUUGAUUCAGAAUGAGUAUCAAAUAGGGGCAUUUUACUUUUGAGUUUUGAUGGAUUCAGAAUAAUCCUUUUCCAAGAAAAUUUCUUGGUUACAAAACUCACAGCCUUGGAUGAUUUCUUUUCUGUGAUAGAAAUUUGAAGAUGCUCUUGUGGCAAUUGCAUUUUAA